UCUGCUUCGUGCCGGGUUCGGGCCUUCGGAAGCCCCGGCGGGGCUGGGAGCGGCCUCCGGCCCCGUGGAGACGGAGCUUGAGGACGAGGCGGCGGCCGCGGGGAGGAGGAUGGGGGCUAACCAGUUAGUGGUGCUCAACGUGUACGACAUGUACUGGAUGAACGAAUACACCUCAUCCAUUGGAAUUGGAGUUUUCCAUUCAGGAAUUGAAGUAUAUGGAAGAGAAUUUGCUUAUGGUGGCCACCCUUACCCUUUUUCUGGAAUAUUUGAAAUUUCCCCAGGAAAUGCUUCUGAACUAGGAGAAACAUUUAAAUUUAAAGAAGCUGUUGUUUUAGGAAGUACGGACUUCCUAGAAGAUGAUAUAGAAAAAAUUGUAGAAGAACUGGGAAAAGAAUACAAAGGCAAUGCAUAUCAUUUGAUGCACAAAAACUGCAAUCACUUUUCUUCAGCUUUAUCAGAGAUUCUUUGUGGGAAAGAGAUUCCUCGCUGGAUCAACCGACUCGCCUACUUCAGCUCCUGUAUACCCUUUCUACAGAGUUGCCUCCCAAAGGAGUGGUUGACCCCUGCGGCCCUCCAGUCCAGCGUCAGCCAGGAGCUCCAGGAGGAGCUGGAAGAAGCGGAGGAGGCUGCCACGUCGUCAGCCAUGGCUAGCAGCGUGGCAGGCCCCAGACCCGGCCACCACACUAAACUAUAAAUGUCUCCAAAGUCACACAUUCAGAACUGUCUCUGGCAGUUGGAUAUCACUAGAGGAAAACAAAAAGUAAAGCAUCUUUUGGCUAUUUUGUAUGCAAAGAUGGUUCUCCCCCAAUCCCAGUUUUCAGCUCAGGAUUAUAUUUGUAAUCAAAAUAUCACUUGGCGCAAGAGGGAGAACUCUGUAUGAAGCCACCCUCUGUUUUUUUACCCACUUGUAAAUUUGGAUUUUCUUCUGUUUUAUACAAACUCUGUUAUGUUUACAGUAUUUUGUAUCGCUGUUUACAGAUCUUGCAUGGACUCCUGCCGCCAUGAAAGAAGAACAUCUUUACGUCUUCAGUAGUAGGCAGGUUAGCUUUCUACACUCCUGACAAUUGCCAGAGCUACAUCGUAAAUAACAGGCACACAAAAUGGUACUUUACACCAUUAAUAGUCACCAUUACCUGCAUAAGAAUUGUCUUUUGGACUCUUGUCUGUGCUUGUUCUUAACAAUAAUGGCGCCAGGAUUCAGGGAGCCACGCUGACCGAGGUGAAGGCGCAAGGAGCACACACAGCCCUGAGGGCCUGAGGCCCUGGUCUGCAAGAAGUGGGUCCCCACACGCCGUUCUUCGCCCUCCCUUCCGUGAGCGCAUCUCCCAGGGUUCCCGUCUACCAGGCAGGUUGAUCCCAGAGUCGUCCGCCCCAGUAGUCUUGAGACGUUCUUGUGUCUGUAAUUACGAUGUGUUUUCUUUAAGGAUAUCCUUUCUAAUCAUUGAUGAGUAUUUUUGCACAUGUGGGCAUGGUGGAGAGGGGGUUCUUUCAAAAAAAAAAGUUGAUUUCUUCCCCGCACAGAACUUCGUUGAUGGAGUAGAAAUAACCGAAGUGGUAGCCUUCCACAAAGCAGUGUGAGUUGACAUUUAGCUGCUUUUAACUAUUCAGGCUGCCUUUACACUAGUGGUUUUGAAAACCAGAGUCUAAAGUAACACACUCCAAACUGAUCACUCUUUGAUAGUUCAAACUUUUAAUGUACUAUAUCAGAAAGAAUAUAUCCGUUUUUUCAUUGGUUAUGGGAGUAGUUUCACUGCAAAAAUAGAAUGGUUAGUCUCAUUGAAAACCAUUAUGUGUGUCUUAGUAUUCAUCUUUUUUUUUAUGUUCUCUCAAAUGCAUCUCCUUUAUCAUAUAUACUAAGAAUGAAAUUCUCACCCCAGAUAAGUGCUUAUUAUCAAGGAAUAUGUCUGCUCCCAAUUUGAUCCUUAGAUGUAAGAAUCAAAUCAUUAUAUGUAAAAUUAGAUUCUUCUGCCUUAAAAAUGAAUGUCCUAUAUAAACUAUUGGAUGCAGUAUAUAAACUAUCCAAGGCAGUGACUUUAACUUUUUAUAUAUUGUCAGUUUUAAAAUCAUCUACAUUUAUUUAAACUUCUAUAUUAGAUUGUUUGCUCUAUUUAAAUAUACAUAUCUUUCAGAAAACUGCAUUUUUAACUUUUUCAUAAGCUAAUUUUGAUUCCUUCAUCUACUUUAAGCACACCCUGUUCCUGGGGAAAAUAAACCUUGGGUUAUAAUCUCUGGCCUGAGGAAGACGAAGCCACGUGACCUAGUUAGUGCUUUGGACUGUCCGUGUCCACAGAGGAACACCUUUUCAAAUCACUCGUGGUCUCUUUAAGGGACAGUACACUUGUUUUAAAAAUGUAGAAGAAAAAAUGUGAUCUUUAUGAAAAAUUGAAUUAAUUCAGAUCUGAAAAUGAGAUUUAGGACAAAACACAAAAGCCUACAGCAGUAAGGUUGUUGGUUUUUUGUUUGUUUGUUUGUAAAUCAUAUCACCCAAACCAAGGUUUUAUAAGAAGUAUCUGGUGCAAUUUGCUUGGGAUAUAUAUAUGUAAUCCAUAUAUGUGUGGAUUAUAAUCUUUUUCUAAUUCAAUUAUAUACAAUUUAAAGGUGGGCUACUGACAAAUGUAAAGGAGUAGCCAUUAGUUAGACACUUUUUGGUAAAUAACAACAUCUCAUCCAUCCUUGUCCCGAAUCCAGCAACUCAGCACACAAAUGAGAUCUGUUGUAUUUACUUUCAUCUGUGUCAUUUGGAAUUUAAAAAUCAUAUAAAGGCUCCUAGUAGCAAUAGCGGCCUCUGACCAGUUAUCUAGCAACAAUCAGUAGAGAAAAUUACACAUGAAGGUUCCUUGCAAUUUAAUUAUAUCUAAGUUGGGAAAUAAGUGUUUUGUUGUUGUUGUUGAUUUAACUUUAGAAAGUCUCAUUCAAAUCUAAUCCUCUUCCACAGUUCAAAAUUAAGAAUGGAUUUAAUUAAUCAGCAUUUACUCAGCUUUUCUUUGCCUUUGGAAGAAUGGAAUCUUAUUUUCAACUCAAAUCUCUGCUAAGAAAAAUCUCAAAAACUCAGUCAUCAGAAUGACUGUGAUGUGAUGGAGUCAGAUGUCCUCUUUGUAGUUGUAACAAAUGAGAUAUUUAUCAUGGUGGGUUGGACAGAAACUGCUGGUUGCUCAUUUGUUGUAAAUGCCCUUGUUUUCUGUUUCGUCGUAAACCUUAAAUUGCUGGCAUUCACUUUGGAAGGUGUGUGGCUUGUGGGAUUGUAGUAAAGAGCCUCCACUCGAUGCCUGAAAUCCAGCCAGCUAUUGCUCCGACUCCUGGCAAUAGUGCAAGUUACCCUUCACCAGCAUUUGUACCAAGCAGGGAGUUCUGGUUGCAGUUCAUUUACUACAUCAGUGCAGGAGGAGACUCAACACUACAGACAACUACAGGACUCUAAAUCCAUGGCUUCUUCCAUCACAAAACGGGUAGAAACACAUUUGCUGCUUCAGGGUUCUAAUCUCUGUCAUUUCUGUGGUUCCUUUUCUGUAAAAUACGCUGUAAUUUUGAUACAUGCUGUAUUUUCUUUAAAUCAUGUUUAAGAGACUUGUUUUAUUCAGCAAGAUAACUAUACUGCCAUUGUGUGCCCGUCUCUUCAGUAUGGUUUUAGAGUGCAGCUGAAUUAUUAGACUGUCAUUGUCUACCAGUCAAUACACAUACAUCUUCACUGUUUGAAAGGUGUUAUCAACUGCUAAGGAAUCUUCGUAAAGCUGAAGAUAAUUUCUUGUGACAUUGAAUGCAAGAAUGCUGUCAUUCAUAGUGUUUAUAUAAAAAAAGACCAGAAUCUUCAUUUUUUGCUACCUUGAUAAUAGCGUUGGGCUAUCAUGUUACAGCAUUGAAAUACAUCAAUUUAUUAAAAAUAAUACUUUUAUAAGAAA